UUCAGUCUUGCCACCUCCGUUGCCGGCAUACUGAGCAGGCACUCCUACCAGCACCAAAAUCCACCCCGGAACCUACUGGAAUUAUCAAAAGCAAGAAGAGGAGGCACGAUGGGUUGCAAGUACCAACACCCCCACAGUCUAAGUCAUCUACGCGAUCGACACAGGGAGUUAAAAAAGGAACGAUAGGAUCGUCCGUAUUGGCGAUGCCCGCACCGAUCUCGGCCAUUAAGGAGAAUCCCGAAAUCGGGAAAGAACGGUCGAGAUCUUCUUCGAAAUCUAGAAAGGAUGGGGCACGCCAAAAACUAGAGAGUCCGCCAAAGGCUCCCAUGGAGUGUCUUAAAAAUCGCACGCCGGGGAGGGGCAAACGAUUUCGAAGCCCGUACGAUCUCCGACCUCGCUGGGGACGAAAGAAUAAAGCCGACGACGCAAUCGCCGACGCUUCGCAGCCGAGACGGAGCGGCCACCCGCCGGCGCCUCGGCCACUCAAUAUAUAUGAAGAAAAUGUCGAAGAAUAUGACCGUCCAAAAGCUGGUCUUUUCGCAGGCGACUCCUUUAUGAAAAGCGAUGAACUGCAUAACAUGGUCAUCCAAAUAUGUGAAGACGUGCCCCCGAUAUCUUCACUACCAGAGGUGCCGGCGGCGGGGGCACCGGUGGCGGCGACGGUAACAGACGUUCCGGCGAAAGAGGAGCCGGCGGCAACUGAGGCGGCGGAACCGGACACGGCGGGGGUAACUUUCGUGGCGACGGUGGAUGAAAAGGAAGCGGCGGGAGCGGCAGAUGAGGAGAAAAAAUGUGGCGGUGGAGGCGGAAGUGGAGGCUGUGGUGGAGGAAAAGGUGGAGGCGGCUGCAGCGCCGGCGGAGGAUGAGGAAAAGGAGGAGGCGAAGGCUGCGGAUGAGGCUGCGGAGGAGGCGGCCGCGAAGGAAAAGGUGUUGGCGGCGGCAGCUGCGGUGGAGGAGGUGGACAAGGAGAUUGCGGCAGCGACUACGGCAGCGGAGGAAAAGGACUUCGAAUUAGUGUCGGGGCUUGCUUCGGAGUUAUCAGCGGUACACUAAGACGACUCGCGCAUCUAAACGUGACAUUGAAAAAAUGGACAAGCCUCACCCGAAGAGACGCUUGGUGCGUCUGUCGAUGGCGACAAAGGCGCCUACACAAACUGCGAAGUCUUCCAUGCAAGAACCCAGCAUUAUAGAGCACCCAAUAAUCAUCGACAGCCCCCCCUCCUCGGAUGAAACAUCAAAAAUUAAAAAAGGCAAAACACUCAAAUUGAAGGUCACAAAAUCUUCACCGCCCCUGGAUUUAAAGUACUACGGCAAGGGUGAGUUACCGAAGGAGGAUCAG